UCAAGCAUCCACAUAGUUUUACACGUAGAGUGCUGGCACAUGGAUUGCGCUGGCCGCCUCGAUGCGUAGCAGCUCUCGUGCCAUCGAUGAUUUCACCAGCAAGGUCAAGGGGAGCCGAGGCCCAGCUGCGAAUGGGCCGGAGGAGGUUUCAGAUGUGGAGGCUCAAGCUCCGUCUGGCUCGUGGUUUUCAAAGCUAAGCAGUGCGCUUCCGAGCAUGGCGGAGGCCGCUGCAGCGGCUAGUGCUGGAGAUCUGAACGCUCUGUCCAAAGCAGCAUCCAAUGCACAGCAGGGAUUGCAGCAGAACUUCACGGACCUGACGGGGAAAGCCAAGGGUCUUGCAAAGCAAGCAUCGACUACCAUCUCUGAGAAUGCAAUAUCUAAAGAGAGGUGGAUGAUGUUCUUUGGCGGAGCCUUGCUGGGCUGCUUUCUGAUGAGCCUAGCUUUCUUCUUUUUGCCAAUGGUGGUGCUGGUGCCGCAGAAAUUUGCCUUACUAUUUACACUUGGUUCACUUUGCUUCCUGGGGAGCUUUUCAGCUCUCAAGGGUCAUUCUGCCUUUCUGAGGCACCUGCUUUCACGCAGUCGGCUUGUGUUCACCCUCACCUAUGCCACGUCCAUGGUGGGAACUCUGUGGGCAUCAUUGAUCUACAGAUCGUACCUGUUAGCCAUGCUGUUCUCGGCCAUCCAGGUCAGCACGCUCGUGUGGUUUCUCGUUUCGUACAUCCCGGGCGGAAGGCGAGCACUCGGAUUCCUGACGAACAUGGCAUGGAGGCUUGGAAAGGGAUGCUGCAAGUGCGCAAGCAAAGGCUCCUUGCUGCCGUUCUGAUCCGUUCCGGCCAGUGCUCAGGAG